ACACGCAGCCCCGCCCCUGCAGAGAUCGGCGCUGGGACGGAACCCGGGUUCCUCUCAAACCCGGAAUGUGAGGCUUUGGCCUGGGUGGCCCCUGUUUUGUGCCCCACUUUUUACUCGGGCCUGCGUCCGCUGCCGCCGUCCCUCACUUUGCCCUCGGAGAAGGCAGGGCGGCCGUGCCUCCUGCCGUGCGCCCGCGUGGGUGCCACCGCCCCUCCGAAUCCUCCGGGGCCGCAGAGGGGUUCGCUACGGAGGGAGGUGCGGGCCUUCGGGAGGAGGAGGCGGAGGAGGCGGAGGAGGAGGGAAGGAAGAUGGCGGCCGUGGAACUAGAGUGGAUCCCGGAGACUCUCUAUAACACCGCCAUCUCCGCUGUCGUGGACAACUACAUCCGCUCCCGCCGAGACAUCCGCUCCUUGCCCGAGAACAUCCAGUUUGAUGUUUACUACAAGCUUUACCAACAGGGACGAUUAUGUCAACUGGGCAGUGAAUUUUGUGAAUUGGAAGUUUUUGCUAAAGUACUGAGAGCUUUGGAUAAAAGACAUUUGCUUCAUCAUUGUUUUCAGGCUUUGAUGGAUCAUGGUGUUAAAGUUGCUUCAGUCUUGGCCUACUCAUUCAGUAGGCGGUGCUCUUAUAUAGCAGAAUCAGAUGCUGCAGUAAAGGAAAAAGCCAUUCAGGUUGGCUUUGUUUUAGGUGGCUUUCUUUCAGAUGCAGGCUGGUACAGUGAUGCUGAGAAAGUUUUUCUGUCCUGCCUUCAGUUGUGUACUCUACAUGAUGAGAUGCUUCAUUGGUUUCGUGCAGUAGAAUGUUGUGUGAGGUUGCUUCAUGUGCGAAAUGGAAACUGCAAAUAUCAUUUGGGUGAAGAAACAUUUAAAUUAGCUCAGACAUAUAUGGAUAAACUAUCAAAACAUGGCCAGCAAGCAAAUAAAGCUGCACUCUAUGGAGAACUGUGUGCACUCCUAUUUGCAAAAAGUCACUAUGAUGAGGCAUACAAAUGGUGCAUUGAGGCAAUGAAAGAAAUUACAGCAGGCUUACCAGUGAAAGUUGUGGUGGAUGUUUUAAGACAAGCUUCUAAGGCUUGUGUAGUAAAACGUGAAUUUAAGAAGGCGGAACAGUUAAUUAAACAUGCAGUGUAUUUGGCACGGGAUCAUUUUGGAUCAAAACACCCAAAAUAUUCUGAUACACUGCUAGAUUAUGGGUUCUACUUACUCAAUGUAGAUAAUAUCUGUCAGUCUGUUGCAAUUUAUCAGGCAGCACUUGACAUUAGACAGUCAGUGUUUGGUGGCAAAAAUAUCCACGUAGCAACAGCUCAUGAAGAUUUGGCUUACUCUUCUUAUGUCCACCAGUAUAGCUCUGGGAAAUUUGACAAUGCACUAUUUCAUGCAGAAAGAGCUAUUGGUAUCAUUACCCACAUCCUACCUGAAGAUCAUCUUCUUUUGGCUUCUUCAAAGAGGGUGAAAGCACUUAUUUUAGAGGAGAUUGCAAUUGACUGUCAUAAUAAGGAAACUGAACAGAGGCUGCUUCAAGAAGCUCAUGAUUUGCACCUGUCUUCACUCCAACUAGCUAAAAAAGCUUUUGGGGAAUUUAAUGUACAGACUGCAAAACACUAUGGAAACCUUGGAAGACUUUAUCAGUCAAUGAGAAAAUUUAAGGAAGCCGAAGAAAUGCACAUCAAAGCAAUUCAGAUUAAAGAACAACUUCUUGGUCAAGAAGAUUAUGAAGUAGCCCUUUCAGUGGGACAUCUGGCUUCUUUAUAUAAUUAUGACAUGAAUCAGUAUGAAAAUGCUGAGAAACUUUAUUUGCGAUCUAUAGCAAUUGGGAAGAAACUUUUUGGUGAAGGCUACAGUGGACUAGAAUAUGAUUAUCGAGGUCUCAUUAAACUUUACAACUCCAUUGGAAAUUAUGAGAAAGUGUUUGAAUAUCACAAUGUUCUGUCUAACUGGAACCGGUUGCGAGAUCGGCAGUAUUCAGUGACAGAUGCUCUUGAAGAUGUCAACACCAGCCCCCAGUCCACUGAAGAAGUGGUGCAGUCCUUCCUGAUUUCUCAGAAUGUUGAGGGACCGAGCUGCUGAGAGAGGACCUCAGUUAACCAAUUACCUUUUCCCGGAUUCCAGGGAAUUCAUACUGUGAAAUCAAAACCAUGUUGUUUUGGGGGGCUGGAAUUUGCAUUGAAACACUGGUCCAGUCCAUUGAAGACCCUAUUUUGGGUGAUCCCUAUCUUGCAGAGUGUCUGUAGGAAUAAGCAUAUAUUCAGUUAUAUUCAGCAUGUACCGCAUGUGUAAGUAGUCUGGCCCACAUUUUCAACCUCGUAGAACAAACAACAGGAAAUAUUUUUUUUUUGUUUUUAAAAAAUUCAUUUUGCAGAAAGCCUGAAAGAAUAAAACACACCCCUAAAUAAAACUAUUUAAGAGUUUAAAAGAGUUGCAUUCUUAUUAUGUAAGGAUGAUUUUAACAACUUUUUAAUAUGUAAUUCUUCCAUGUGGAGGUAUUCAAUACUGUAGGGUAAAGGAAUUUUAUGGGAAAAUCUUUAUAUGCAGUAUAGAAAAGUUAAUACAAGUACUAAUAAAAGAGGGACAUCCUGACUUAUAUUUGGCUACCUUGCCCAGAUAAGUGGAUACAACCACUCUGUAUUACAAGGAAAGGACUGUCAGAUUCAUCUGAACUGGACCAGUGUUGAUCUGUAAGUAACAGAAAAUCUGAUAGACCAGCACUUCUGACUUUUUUUUUUUUUUUUUUUUUUUUUUUUUUUUUUUUUUUUUUUUUUUUUUUUUUUUGGUACAACAGUGUAAGAUGCUCUGAUAGCAUUUGCUAACAGGACCAGGAGGAUCUAAAAAGGACCAGCCUUAUGUAGAAGGUGGUUAAUUGGACCAGAGGCUUUAGAUGAUUAUUUUAGAUCCUAUGUAUACUUUUAUCAGUAGAAUGAUUUCAUUUAGAUGUAUAAUGAAAAAGGAUAAUGCAAAAAUUAUGUAAUAGAUACCAAAUUAGGGAAGUUUGGCAAUUUCAAUGGCAUAUUUUUAGUCAAGGUACACAGAUGGCAGUGCCAUAAGCAAGUCUAUAAAUAUUGGCUGCAGCCAUCCCCCUCAUUUUAAAUGUUGCCCUAGUAAUCAAUGCAGUUAACAAGUAUAGUGACUGUGAGUCAUGAAAAAGUUCAUGUUCAGAUGGAAAUGUUAGGUUACUGUAUGGUUUAUAGAGAUUAAUGAAAAUGAAUGCCCAAAAAUAAGUCUUAGAAAACCCUCCAUUUUUAUGGUAAAUAGUAAUACAACUAGGUCGUUUCAUUUGAAAUCUAGGAGUCAAAUGGAAAGAUCCCCUAAUAAUACAACUAUUUCACUAACUUGUCUUUCUGUUUAUUGGGUUUUGAUUUGAUUUUUUUGUAAGCCAGUCAGGUUAUUUAAUUAUGAGGUAAUAAUCAAAUUUAAGAAUUUGUGACAUGUAGCAAUUCAAGAAACAAAAAGGUAUUUUGCUGUUACCUCAAUUCUUACUGUAGUAGCCCAUCUGAUGCUUCUAUAGUUAAGAAUCUGGGCUCCCCCCCUAUUUUCAGGGGUUCAUGACUUGGCUGUUAAAGAUGUUGCUCUUAGCUAAUGCUUGGAGUAGUCUGUGGGUGAAUGGAUGUGUGUGGAAUUUUAGUUUUCUUUUAACAUACAUGUUGGGUGAGAGGGGAAAAAAAUCUAAGCUGUCUGCCACAUUGAGUACAGAAAAAUUGUAGAUUUCAAAUUUUAUUAAUAUUUUAAGCACUUUUUUCAACUUCCCAACCUUGUUUGAAGCUGUUAUUUGCAGUCCUAUUAGUUUUGAGCCAGUGCAUUUAAGUUCUCUAGGAGGGGGUUGGUUGGGGGAUGUACUGAAAGAGAUGAAGCAUGCCCACACCCUAAGAUGAUAACUGUGUGAUUUAGAAACCUGAGUUUAUUCCUCAAAUUGAAUUAUUUUCUUUUUAAAUUUUGGAAAGAGUAAGUUGAUGUACUUGCAGUUUAUGAAGCUGCCCCCCCCCCCACCCCUCAGUUAAUUGCAGUCUAAUGUCAAGAGGCACUUCUUUAUUAAUUACCAAAUAGUCUUUGUGACCAAGGACUAACAUUUUUAAGUUACUCAGCUCUAUCCUCAUGGGCCUAUAUAUUUAAUACCUCCAAAGAUAUUUUCAGGAUAGGCUUUGUAUACUUUUAUUGGUUAUUUAGAAUCCAGUGGUAUGUUUGUGGUAUAGGAAUGUCAUGGUAAAUUGUUUUUCAAUAAAUAUUUUGAAACGUGUUUCCAUAUGAAGUUUUUUUUUUUUUCAAUCUGUAUUUUUUGGUUUUGUGCACAUACAGCAUUUCCUAGGAUAAAAAUAAACAAAUGACCUACAGCCUCAUCCUCCCUAACUCAGUUUGAACUCAACUUAGCUCACACUCAGUGAUAAAACAACAUGGUGUGUAGAAGCCUAGGAUCACAGGGUGAUAAUGUCAGUUGGCAGCCAGUUAUGUUUUUUGAAACAUCAUUAUUGGCAAUUUCUCCUUAUCGCCACUGCUUUAAUGUAGUUUUUUUUGUAAAUCCAUAUACUUUUGUGCAUACACUAGCUAAGAAAACAGAUUGCCAUUUUUAGUUAGGGAUAUGACUUAAUAUGCUAUUAUUUCUGGUUCUAAUGAAGAAUAAUACCCUAUGACUUUAAGUGUAAGAUUCAUCCUUUAAGUAGGGAUGUUUAGAUAAGUUAGAUCUGUGCCACUGUGAUUUAUUGGGUUUUUUAAAAAUCUGAAAAUAAUAAAAUUUAUCUCACAAUAAGUUAACUUGCACAAACUUUUUACAUAUGGUGAGGUAUGUAAGGAAGCCCUGGCCAACUUAAAGAUUUUUCUGGAGGUUCAGCAAAGUCAUGUUAAAUUAGGGGCCUUUGGUCUCAUCCUUCUCUGACUCUUCUCUUCUACCCAGUCUUUUCCUAAAGUUCGGUGCUACUCCAGUUGGGUGCAUCAGGGAGCUCCGUCAGCACUCGCAUGUGUCGCUCAGGUGGCCAUUCAUGCCUGCAUUCCAUUUAAUAGAGCCAAUUGGAAUUUUUAGAGCAUAGUCUUUAUGGGUCCUCAAAGCUGACUUUGCCAAAGGGAUUGAGACCCUUAUUACCAUCAGCUCUCUGUCUCUGCCUGGUUAAAAGGUGACUCACUAUUGCUUUGUAGUAACCCCUGCCCAGGUAUUUUUUCAUUUGUGAAAAUAAAGGAUUUGGGAAAGACCUUUGUUACUAGCCUGUUGGGAAGAGUUUAUAAUUUUAUGAAAAUUAAGUACAGAGGCUGCAAUCUUAGAAAUAAUGAAGGUGCCGUUUGGCUGCUCCUUAAUAGUACAGACAGAAAACUCAGUAAACACAUGCCGAAACAUGAUUGAAGCCUUUGGCUGAAACUUUAUACGUAGAAAUAAUGAUUUGCUCAUAACAGAUAUCGUUAACUGCCACUUUUAAUGUUUUCCCUAGAAUUUGUAGCCUUGCUGCUCCUUUUUUUUUUUUUUUUUUUUUUUUUUUUUUUCUGGGUGGCAAAGUUACUACUGGAAAAACACUAAUUUAUAAGUACAAUUCUUUACCUUUGCUUUAAAAGUGAAUGUGUAUUUCACCUCUUGGCUGUGGAGGACCUUAGUUGCCAGGAAAUUCUUUUUUUUUUUUUUUUUUUUUUUUUGAGACAGAGCUUCGCUGUUAUUGCCCAGGCUGGGAGGGCAAUGGCACUGUCUUGGCUCACUGCAACCUCCGCCUUCCAGGUUCAGGCAAUUCUCCUGCCUCAGCCUCCCGAGUAGCUGGGAUUAUAGGCUCCUGCCACCACGCCUGGCUAGGAAAUUUUUUGUUGUUAAUAUGACAUUUGGAUUAAUCUCCAGCUUCAACACUACUUCUUUUGUCCAUAAAUCUCAGGAAUGUUUUAGGCAGAAAACUGGUUUUACCCUGUUGAUAAUCAGAAGGAGUGUGCUUUAGGACUUAUUGCAUAAUACUGUUCUUUAAUUGCAAUCCUAGGUAUCUAUAGCAUGAGUGGCCUUAGUGAGUUUGUUGAAGUGCACAUGUUUUUCAAGAGUAAAAUUUAAGAUUAAAAAUAUAUGCUAUAUAUAGAUAUCUAGAAAACUUGGUUUGUGGUGCACAGUUAAGUGUUGGAUCACUAAAUAACCAUUGCAGGUACUGUUUGUGUAACAUUACUCAUUUCUGUAUAUUCCUUUUAUGGGAAGAUAUUUUGCCAUGGUAACUAGAACUUCAGUUUAGUUCUACUUUUAUGAUGUGAAUGGAUGCUACAUUUUAUUAAAUAUUACCAGGUCAGUACUAUUUUUAUACUUUAUUAAGCAUCAGGGGAUUUUAGUUUAAUAGGCUCAAAAUUAAAAGUUCUUAAUGUGACAGUUAAAAGCAAAACACUAACAAUCUUUACGUGAAAAUCCCCACUAAUAGUGCCACAAUAAUUUCUAUAGAAAUAUCUAAGGUCAUUAAAUAGAUUUUUGAAGACAGUUCUUCAUUGUGUCAGGAUGACCUUUCAUACCAUUCUCACCAACUUGUAGUGCCCACUGUUAUUUGUAACUAUUAAACCAUACUAAGUAUGUUUGUAACCAGCAUUGUGAUAUUAUUCUGUACUUGUAUUGCUAAAAAUGAAUUAUUGACCUAAUAAAUAUAGUGUUCCUGCA